CGCCGUCGUCGCCGUCGUCGUCGCCGUCGUCGUCGCCGGCGUCGGCGGCGAGCGUGCUCCAUCGCGCGCGUGUGGAGUCCAGUGUGGCGCGGUGUGUUCUUCGUGCAUUGUAUACCGUGCACGCGUGCUCGCGUGUGCCGUCGAGGAGUCGUCUGAUCUCGGCUCGCCGCAAGACUGCGAAACCUGGCACGUACCGAGCGCCGCUGUGACGACACCGCUGCGAGGAGAAGAUGAGGCGUGCGAGCGUUGGCCGCGUUGCCUCCGCGAUGCAUCCGGUGCUGUCCUGCUGGUGCGUCGUCGCGACCGUCACCUUCGCUUUGGCCGCAUGGCAGGAGAACGUCAGACCGAAGAUGUACGUCCAACUAGGUGCGGAGGAUGUGUUCAGGUUUACGGGAAACGAGACGCACACAGACUACUUUCGGCUGGUGCUCAGGGACGGGAACUAUCUUUUGGUCGGCGGAAGAAAUCUGGUGCACAACCUCAGCCUCACCGACCUGACGGAGCAGCAAAGGCUGACCUGGUACUCGACGGAGAACGACGUGAAGAUGUGCGUGGUUAAGGGCACCCCCGAGGAGAACUGCCAAAACUACAUACGUAUCCUCGUGAAAACCGGAUCGAACAAUUUGUUCGUGUGUGCGACCAACGCCUUCAAGCCCAUGUGCCGCGACUACAUGGUGCACGCGGGCAACUACUCCAUGGUGAAGGAAAAGCCCGGCCAGGCCAAGUGCCCGUACGACCCGCAGCACAACAGCACUUUCGUCUACGUGGACGGCGAGCUCUACACCGGCACGGUCGCCGAUUUCGCGGGGAUGGACCCGAUCAUCUACAGGGAGCCGCUGCAGACCGAGCAGUACGACUCGAUGAGUCUGAACGCGCCGAACUUCGUGAGCUCCAUGUCCCAAGGAGACUUCGUCUACUUCUUCUUCAGAGAGACUGCUGUAGAAUAUAUCAAUUGCGGCAAGGCCGUGUACUCUCGCGUAGCGCGAGUCUGUAAAUACGACCGGGGCGGGCCGCAUCGCUUCCGUAACAGGUGGACAUCCUACCUGAAGUCGCGUCUCAAUUGCUCCGUCACCGGGGACUUCCCGUUCUACUUCAACGAGAUACAGUCGACGACCGAGCUGAUAUCGGGCCAAUACGGCGGCACGUCGGCGCAACUGAUAUACGGUACCUUCACGACGCCGGUGAACAGCAUCAGCGGCUCGGCGGUCUGCGCGUUCUCGCUGCAGGACAUCGCCGACACCUUCAACGGGAACUUCAAGGAGCAGACCGCCCUCAACUCCAAUUGGCUGCCGGUGCAGGACACGAAGGUGCCGGAUCCGCGGCCCGGCCAAUGCACCAACGACUCGCGCACGCUGCCGGACCUGACGCUGAACUUCAUUAACACGCAUUCGCUGAUGGACGAGUCGGUGCCGAGCUUUUUCGGUCAGCCGAUCGUUAUACGCACCAGUUUCCAUUACAGAUUCACCCAGAUCGCCGUGGACCCUCAAGUACGGACACCUGGCGACAAGACCUACGACGUACUGUUCAUCGGCACAGACAACGGCAAGGUGAUCAAGGCUGUGAACGCCGAGUCCGCGGACUCUCAUCAGAAGGUCAGCCCGGUGGUGAUUGAGGAAAUACAGGCGUUCCCCUCCACGGUGCCGGUGCGCGGCAUCAAGGUGGUCCGCGCGUCCGAGGCGGGCGACGGCCUCGAGGACGGCCGGUUGGUCGUCAUCGCUGACAGCCAGGUGCAGGCGCUGAGGCUCCAUCGCUGCUACAGCGACAGAAUACUCUCCUGCGGCGAGUGCGUCGCGCUGCAAGACCCUUACUGCGCUUGGGACAAGGUCGAGGGCAAGUGCCGGGCGUUGGUCGGGCCCGCGGCGACGGACGCCAACAGGUUCCUGCAGAGCGUCGCGACCGGCAUACACGCGUCCUGCCCGCCAAGCAAGAGUCUCAACAAGGACGCCGGCAGCGUCGGCGCCAUUUCCGCUAAUCAGAACAAGUUCCCGCAGGAUUCAAUGAUACCCAACAAGGACAGCCAAGGAGGAGAGAUCAUCAAUAUCAUGCAAGACGAGGAGCAAGACAACUCAGGCCCGGAAGUGUCCGCCGCUGACACACCUCCGCCACAGUAUUCGGUGGAGACUCUGGUGAUGGCUGUUGUAGCCGGCGCGGUUUUCGCGCUGUGCGUCGGAUUCGUGGCUGGUUAUAUGUGCGGGAAGAAAUGCAGGAAAGACGAAGACGACAAUUUACCGUAUCCGGACACGGAGUAUGAGUACUUCGAGCAACGGCAAAACGUGAACAGCAGGUUACCACCCGAGCCGAAGUUGUUGCCGCAGGAAGAGGUGACCUAUGCGGAGCCGGUGCUGGUACCGCAACCGCCAAAGCUCCAGUCACCAAAAGGCACCAUGAGGAAACCGCCGCCAACGCCCACAGAGACUCUCUUCCAGUUCCCGGACGGUUACGGCUUCCGCGGCGCCAGGGACAACUUCGGCACCCUGCGCUCCCAUCAAGGUGACGCGUAUCGCCGCAACGACGGCUUUGCGACCACGCGCAGCGUCAAGAAAGUUUAUCUCUGAGAAACGAGUGAGGAGGGGGGUGGCCGUCACCGGAGCUUAGGACGGCCAACGCGCAAUCGCCACAACGCGACGACAGCCGGCAGGAGUAGUCGCGCUGUGACGUCCGGGGGACAGUCAAAUCGCGAGCUCGCCGGCCCGAGGGCACUGGAGUCACCCUCGCCGUCGUCGAGCGUGUCGUCGAGUUCCCCGUCCCCUCCCUCCUCGUCACCCUCGCCUACCCUCGUACCGAUCGCCAUGAGCGGCAACCAACCGCCGCCACCGCCAACGCCACCCUGCAGCUUCAUCUAUCGAUCAUAGUCGCCGUCGCCGUCGCCAUCAUCGUCGUCGUCGUCGUCGUCGUCGUCGUCGUCGUCGUCGUCGUCGUCGUCAUCAGCACUAUCUUUGUCGCCGUUGCCAUCGCGGUCGUCGUCGUACCCUGCUUUUUGUUCGACGACGUGAGGGGAGGAUGGAGAGAGAGAGAGAGAGAGAGAGAGAGAGAGAGAGAGAGAGAGAGAGAGAGAGAGAGAGAAAGCGAGCGAGGUAGAGGUAGAGAUCGAGCGAGCGUUCUUAUACGGUCCUAGUGCGCGUUCACUAAAAGUGUAUAGCGGAUGAAGAAGAAGAAAAACAGAAAAAAUCGAAAAGGUUGAGUCCAGGCCGGAGAUCUCGCGGUACUUCGGUGGAUGCCGCGACACAACUCUUUUUCUCUCGUCGUCUUUGAUAUAUCGAAUCUUUGUUCCGCGCGCGGUUUUCGUUUUUCGAAAGACCAAGAAAACAGAAACAAAAAUAAUCAUUGCUUCGUGGUCGUGAUAACGAAAGAUCCGGAAUGUCGGGAUCUUUCGUCCGGUGUCGAUCGAGUCUAUACAUACGCGUUUAUAUCGUAUUUCUUUGCACGAUGGGACUCGACUCGGCGGCGGGAAUUGCCGUGAAAAUAGAGGAGGAAAAGAAAAAACCAUCGAAAGGAAAAUUCAAACUUGCGCGAAUUUGGAUAGUUCCGUCGCGAGCGUUGGGGUACACGCCGGGUGUCGUCGAGCGGCCAGUGCUGUACGGCUGACUCGUCAUCUUCAAUCAUGCACGAGUCGCAUCGCGGCGUUGUGAGAGGAAACGGCAUUUCGUAAUUUUCGUAUAGGAACGACAUUCCUGCCGGAGGUGGUUCCCGCUUUGACCUCGCGUCGAGCAUCAGGCUCGUUCGUCCGCGCACGUACGGGAAACGAGCGCGAAUUUCUUAGCAUAGCGAUUGUCGAUUAUCGUAGGUCUUUAGUGUCGAUUCGCGAAAGAAUGAGCGACUAAAGUUAAAUGAAUGGGAAGAAAGGAAAAAGAGGAAUAAAAAGAGGAAGAGAGGAAGAGGAAAAAAGAGAAAAGGAAGGAGAAGAAGGAGGAAAGUAACACGAGGAAAAGACGCUACGAUCGUCGGUGCUCGAACGUAUAGAAAGCUCGAGUAAACCUUUGGUGAUUAGGUUCGAUUGACAAAAUAGUGCGAUCGUUACGCGACGGUUCGCGACAAAAAUGUCGUAAUCUCCACUAUUUUAUUAAUUGACAAUUAGUAAAUCGAGGUCGACGUGUAGUUGUUGAAAGAGGAGAAAAAAAAUGAUAAACUGCGCAACAUAGUACUAUGACGAGGCUUUUUUCAUAAAGUCAAUUAAAGGAGACUAUCCGCAAACUCGAAACACGCAAUUUUUCUAAUGUUGUAAUACUUAAUAUGAGUGAUCGAUAUAGUGCCAUUAUAUAUAGACCACGUAACACUGCUGCGUGCCUCGAAAUUGAAAACGAUCGUGAUUGAUCAUUAAUGUUGUUGGCCGAAUGUUUUUUCGUGAUUGGCCAAAGUGAAUCGCAUUGAUUGCAGUUUGAUUACUUGUUGUAAAUAACUGCGGUUCAAUGUACUUUUAUUUUUUUUCUCACGAACGCGUAAUUUGUUUUCGGAGUAUUUAUUGUUUCACAAUUCUCCAUGUAGCCGAUCACCGCUUGAGAACGCUGUUGGAUUCAAAGGUUCGCUCGCGGACACGACGAAGUAAUCUUUUUCGGCUGUGCGCGUUUGCGUGACACGUGAAUGUAACUUGUACGUACCUUCUGACUCUUUUUUUCAUCAGAAAAGAGGAGACACCUGAGUUAUCUUGUCUUUUCUCCAGGGUUGGGAAGUAACACGUUACUUGUAACGCCGUUACUAAUAUCGUUACUUUUUUGAGUAACGAUUAGGUAACGCCGUUACUUUUUUGUGUUAGUAACGAAAAAGUAACGGCGAUACAUUUUUUUUUAUAACGAGUAACAAAACGUCCGU